AUGUUUGACUGCGAUAUUCCAAUACCACCCGGCGGUGAUGCUGCAGCCGGCACGGGCUCUGCCUGCAGCGACCACAUCUCCAUCCUCGCAAACCAGCCAGGAAGCCCAUCCACCGCAGCUCCACCAGCUACGGCACCGGCACCGACGCCUCCCAAGGUGCGAAGGUGCGCCUCGCCACCAACGUCAGCCCAGGCCCAGGCCCAGGUCCAGGCCCAGGCCAGCAAGCCGACGCCGACUCCAAGGACCAGCGCCAGGACACCAUGCAAUCCUCGGGUGGGCGGGCCAGCUGCCGCAAUGGCCUCUCCUGCUUCGCCACGCACGACCAGCGGCGGCUAUCCGAGUUCAGCUAGGACUGGGACCCGUCCUGCUCGUGCACCUGCCUCACCGCCAGCGAGUUCGUCCAAGAUGGAGAGCUCGCCACCUUCGGCACGGCGUGCAACACCCGGCACGUCCUCCUCAUCCUCCGGGCCGGAAGCCAUGGGCACAACCAUGCAGCAGUGGCUGCUGCUGUUGCCAAUAAGGUUGCAGCUGCCACGCAAGCCGGGCCAGGGCCGCAGCAAAGGAUGUGGAGGCAUCACACUGCGGGACGGGGCCUUGCGUCCCCCCAUCAGCUCCCGGCUUGCUGCCCUCGGGGAGUGUGCAGACGUUCGCUGUGGGACCCAUCGCCUGGCUCACCCGGAGGUACGGCCGGCUUUUGUGGCUUUUGCCAUGGAGCAGUGCAAAGCUGCGAAGCUCCACUCCGAAGUGACAGCUCUGGCAAUUGGCUCGGGCGGCCUCCUCUUUGAGUGGGAGGUGCUGGAAGCAUUGCAGACCAGCUGA